AGUGAUAAACCUAUAAGGUCUAACCUCAGUCAUCUCUUCCAAGUAAAUGAAGACUGGUAUAAAUAGCACAUUACAUAAGACUUUUACUCUUUUUUUCUUCAAGCAUGUGUGUUUUUUUAUGAAAACGAUAAAUGGCAAACAACACUUAUCCUUUAUGCACUCCUUUAGUUUGUCAAUGUUGGAUAUGGGAGCUGAGAAACUCAUAUCUGUAUAUCUUGUGCAGCAAGUCAGUGUAGAAUUCUCAAGUUCUAGCACUUUCAGUUUGUGCAAACAUGCAAUAUGAGUCUGUGACUGUAUCUUUUUUUCGGAACAAGUCUGUUCUAGACGGUUUUUUUUCUUACUUUUUCCUGUUCAAACUUGUCUAGACAUGUGAUGAGCACGUGAUUGGUUACGUCAGAGAAGGUAACCAACAAAGUCAAACAUGUCUAUGCAUGCACUGUUCGCAAAGCGCUAUAUAAGACUGCCCUCCAUGACGAUUCUUCGCACAGAUCCUCACAGGAGGAAGGCUUCACUCUGUGUGUAGAAAAGAAUAAGUGAGCCAGAGUGAGAAGUCACCACAAGAGAAAGGUAUGACAUCUAUUUUGGAUAAGCUCGAUAAACUCAAGAAAGCUGGAGAUGGAGAUAUUCAGAAAAUGAGUACCCUACCGAAGAAUGAAAAGCUGGAGGUCUUGGAUUUGCGAAAGAUUGACACGGUGUACGGCGAAGCGGUCUAUGUAGAAGUGUUGAUGGAGAAUGACAAACGUGUAAAGUUCUACCUUCCUAGUCGCUUUAAGCGUUUGACAGAGGAUGAUCUAGAGGAGAUGCGACAACUGCCAAAUCUUAAAAUUGAGAAAAAGGAGAGAUUCAAAGAUGGCAAGAGAGUUGCUUCGCCCGACAUUCUAUUCACUCAUGGGAAGAAAAAGUGAUGAUACAUCGACAUAUCGGCAGCUCCCAUCCUGAGACACUUCUCUCCACAUCAUGGUGACCUGUCACUUAUGUCCUCAACACGAACGUCAGUACUAUGCAUCAAUAGAGGGACUCCAAAUUCAUCUGGCAAACGUUCACGAACUCCAGACACCCUGCAUACCAUUUUGUGAGACUCUCUGCACACUACGGAACUACACGAAACGCUUCGAGUUGCAUCUACAUGACAGAGACGAGGCGGGGCAUGAAGUGACAACGUUUUUUCAUGAGUAUGAACACUAUCUUGCUAAUGUAUUGCGACACUUUGGAUUCCCACUGCGCUACUUCACAUUUCUUAAAGUAGAACUUGGGCGACAUACGCCCGAUGAGGAGUUACGACUUGAGAUUCAUUUUGUACCUUCUAAAGUGAGAACUGUUUGGUCAGAGGGAGAUGUACUGCCUUCGAUUGCACAGACGAGUAGUGAGAUAGCACAAACAUUAGAAAACUUAGAAAUUCAAGGCUCCGGUUUUUUUCUCUUUCGCAUUCUUGCUUGUAUUCUAAACAUUGGACGUUUGGCUCCUCAACUAAUUGGAUGUUCCCAAUUUGAGUUACCGAGUGAAUUGAAACGAAAGUAUCGUUCCCUGUUGAAUGUGGAUUACGGACUACAUGAAGAUGAAGAGAACAUGUGUUUUGUCUUCUCCGUGAUUGCUGGACUACAUCCUGCCUCGCAUCACAGGCGGAGGGCAUCUUCCUACAGACCAUACAUAACACAGUAUGUAUUUCCUGAUACAUUUCCCGUAGCUUUCCCAAAAGAUGUAGAGAUAUUUGAGAAACGUAAUGAAAUUAGCAUUAAUGUGUACGCGUACGAAAAGGAAGAAAACUACAUUUACCCCAUCAAAGUUGUUGAUGAGGAGCGUCAGAAACAUGUGGACUUGUUACUAGUUGACUCUCAUUUUGUGCUCAUCGCAAAUUUUAAUGGAUUGUUUGUUCCACGUGGACAAUUUCAUUGUAAAAGAUGUACAAUGGGCUUCUGCUCAGAGGGAAGUCUGAAGUGUCAUUUAAGUAUGUGUAAGCAACAGAAAGUAGCCAAGACCAUUUACCCAAAGAAGGGAGAGACAUUAGCAUUUGCAGGGGAACAUCUCAUGUCAGAAGUUCCCUUCUACUGUGUGUAUGACUUUGAAAGUGUGCUGUCACCGUGUCUGGAUUCAGGAAAUGUGUAUGAAGAUCACAUCCCCUCUUCAUUUUGUCUGUUAGUGAUACGCGCAUCCGACUCAUAUGUCCUCCAAAAGCAUCUGUAUCGUGGACCUAAUUGUGUCACUGUCUUUAUGGAGCUACUGCACAGACUCCAUGACGACAUUUUGGAAUGGAUACGUACAAUUGCCCCUCUAGAAAUGACCGCAGAAAACGAGCAGCAGCAUGCCACAGCAAGUCACUGCAACGUUUGCCAGGAAUCUUUUGCAAAGAAGCAAAAAGUUCGUGACCAUGACCAUGUAAGUGGAAAAUUUCGACAAACUUUGUGUAACACCUGUAACUUGAAACUGAGAGUGCCUCCUAAGAUUCCAAUCAUUGCACACAAUGCCAACUAUGACUUGAGUUUUCUUUUGUCUCACUUGCAUUUGCUUAAGAAAGUAGACAUAAAGGUGAUUGCCAGUAGCUCCCAAAAAUUCAAGGCUAUAGACGUUGGCUCUUAUCGAUUCCUAGAUAGUUUAAACUUCUUGAAUGCAAGUCUCGAAACAUUAGUGAAAAAUCUACGUGAGAAAGGUGAAGACAACUUUCGUUGUCUUCGUCAAUUUUUUCCAAACGAAGAACACUUUCAACUAGUUGUUCGCAAAGGAGUGUUUUGUUACAAUUUUGUCACCACUUUCGAAGCCUACAAUGAGCUUUCUCUACCUCCUCGGGAUCAAUUCUUCAACACUUUGAAUGGGACAGAAGUAAGUGAAGAAGAUUAUUGUCAUGCACAGAGGGUCUUUGAAAAAUUUCAACUCCGUAAUCUGGGAGAGUAUUCAGACCUAUAUUUACUCACAGACGCACUGCUUUUAGCAGACGUGUUUCAGGGCUUUCGUAAGUGGACACUUGACUUUCACAAGAUCGAACCUUUUCACUUUGUGUCUCUGCCCGGAUUAAGCAUGUCUUGCGCUCUAAAAAUGAGUAAGGUAGAGCUAGAGUUGAUUCACGACCCUGACGCGUACCUGCUGAUUGAAAAUGGCAUACGAGGAGGUAUUACACAGUGUUCGCUGAGGAAAGCGACUGCAAAUGUACCAGGAACAGAGCAGUUUGACCCCAAAAGCCCAAGUAGCUUGAUCCACUACAUAGACGUUAAUGGGCUUUACGGUUCAGUAAUGAGAGAACCACUACCUUACGGAGGUUUCGAGUGGCUCACAGAGGAUGAAAUCACGAACUUGGAUAUAACACACCUCCCAGAUGACGCACCUAUGGGUUACUUCCUCGAGGUAGAUCUAGCAUAUGACAAAGAAAUCCACCAACGGCACAGAGAUCUGCCAGUUGCCCCCGAGAAAAUGUCAGUUCCCUAUGAUCUGCUGUCAGAGUAUCAAAAGGAAUUGAUGAAGAAGUUUCACCUUCCUGAGAAAGCUACCGAUGCAAAAUUACUGUUGACAUUAUUCGACAAAGAGAGAUAUUUUCUACACUAUCGCAAUCUGCAGUUGUAUAUGCAUUUGGGCUUGCGUCUCACCAAAGUUCACAGGGUUCUAAAGUUCAAUCAAAAGCCCUUUCUCCGAUCCUAUGUGGACUUCAAUCACGAUCUUCGAAAACGAGCUACGAAUGCCUUCGAAAGCUCCCAAGCUAAGAUUUCAAUUAAUAGCGUGUACGGACGUUCGUGUAUGCAGGUUAGAAAGUUUGUAAACUGUCGUCUCACAGUAACCGACGAACAAGUGCUCAGACUCCUACGCAAACCAAACCUAAAGGAGUUCCGACCGCUGAGCUCUCAUGUUAUCCUCUUCCAAUUCUCUCAAUCUGUGCUCCGCAUGAGACAGCCACUGUACCUAGGAUUCGCGAUACUGGAACUGUCCAAGCUGAAGAUGUUUGAUUUUUACCACAACCACCUUCUUCGUGUAGCUCCAGAUACUAGACUGUUGUAUAUGGACACAGAUUCCUUCAUCAUAAAGUUGAGUGAAGAGAAAGCGCUUCUCGAACUAGCUGACAAGCAUCUGGAUAACUCUAGCUAUGACCCCGAUCAUCCGUUAUAUUCCGCGAAAAAUAAGAUGGUACUGGGAAUGUUUAAAAACGAGAUGCCUCGUGAUCACAUUCUCGGUUUCUGUUGUCUAAAACCAAAACUGUACGCUCUCGAACUGAGUAGCAAAAAGCAGUACAACCGUGCGAAAGGUGUGAAACAUUCUGAAGCACAGAAGCUUCUUUAUUCCCUGUACACCGACGCUCUUGAGUAUGGCAGAAUACACUCUAUUAAACAGAACCUGAUCGUGCGCAAAGACAAUGUAAACAAAAGUGUCUCAGUGACAAAGAUUGCUCUCAACCCUUUGGAUACAAAGCGUUACAUUUGUGCAGAUGGAAUUGAAACGUUCCCUUUUGGUUUUCACACCUAAUCAUAUGUAUGCAUCGGACAAGUGUAAACAAAGAUGGAACCAACAGGAUGGUAAAUGAUGGAAAAGCCAAUUACCAUCAAUAUAGAUGUUACUCUUUUCUUUAUUCUUGUGUUUUUUUCUAACAAGUGUUUAACACUAAAGGAGUGUUGAUUGUACAUAUCUUCAUUUGACUUAUUCAGUGCACCUUUUUUCUAAGUUUUUUAUGUGAAUGAGAGAGUUGUCACUUCCUUAAAUAAAGAAACUUUUUCAAAGUGUUUGCAAAAAAAAAGUGGAGUAUGUACUUUGCAAAACAGCUUGUUUCAGUUCUCUUGUUUUCAAAGUGAUGAUGAAAUUGUGACUGUAUAAUACUUUUCGCCAUUUUUGUGAGCUGUCUGAUGUAAUGUAUCCUACUUUUCUUGCUAAGAUGACUAAAUAAAGGCUCUUUUCUUUUCAAAAACAAAUUUAUUCACUUUUAGAGUACACUACAACAUGACAUGUUAUCUGUUUUUCGUGGUAUCUGUUUACGCACAAGUAUUGCUAUCAACCUAUCAUUGAGUUUAAAGUUGGUGUGUGAGAACCUCCGAGUACACUCUUCAAGUAGAAACCCACAGCAGAGAAGACUACCUACAUAGAGACAAUAAAGUCCACAUGUGGCUGAGCCGUAUCCCUGCAGUCGUUUCCUGUUGUAGUGAAAUGAAGAUGCUGGGUGUAUGAAUUUGUAGAACUCCUUGUAUAGUGGUCGCAUUCCGUAGCUAUCGAAAUAAGAAAUGCUCCUAUCGUUAGAGAUAUGGAAUAGAGUCCAGUGUUCUCCCGGGGAAGAUCUUGGAGCUGUAUUCACCACAUAAAGACCCGGUCCAGCUUUUUGCAAUGCAAUUUCAUCGCGAGCGAAAGUUCCACGAAAGCAUGUCCUUGUGCAAUGGUUCCGAGCAAAAGCUGCAUAAAA